UAACUUUUUCUGAUUGACCUGUACCAUCUGUGCAUCUGUACCUACCUGUGCAACCUGUGACUUACUUGGUGUGUUGACUGCCCCUGUAUUCCUGAAUUUCAUUUAUCAUUAGUUAAAUUUUUAUUUUAGACCUUUCACUAGUACAGAUGUUUGCCGCUCUAUUUAUUUCUACUCAUUAACUUUCCUCUCCAUUUUCCCUCACACCUUGACUUUAGUUCACCGAAAACUUGUAGGAUUCCUCCGCUCCUCAUUCACGCAAACCUUAAUGCUUGUUCAGCUGAGAAGACAAUCCUAAUUGUUCAUCAUUUGCAAAUUCAUAAAUUGCACAAUAACUCUCCAUUCGAAAUAUUAAUGGAUGUUGAAAGUCAAAGCACCAAUACAUCUGCAGACGAUAAGACGGAAGACUUCUGUGAAAAUCCCACAAGAGAUGCCUUGGCAGAGGGUUUGAUGUGCUUGCUAAAGCCAACUAUUGACACUCUUGACGAAAGAGUGGCUGCUUGCAGUUCAAUCCCUGUGAAGAUACAGGCACAAAAGAAACACGCGUCAGGCGUUCUACCAUAAGAACACGUGUCAAACUGCGGCCGAGUUUCAUCUCCUAGCGGUGCAUCACAGGUGUGUAGUUACG